CGCGCGGGCCGCGGGGAGCCGGCGGCUAUGGCGCGGGGCUCGCGGGGCGCCGCGGGGCGGCCGCUGCUGCUGCUGCUGCUACUGCUGCUGCUGAUCUGCGUUAACUUUGGAAAUGGGCUCCAUUUAGAGGCCUUAAACACAGGACUUGAAAAUAAGCUGCUUCCCUCGCGUACUCACUUAGUGCGGCAGAAGCGCGCCUGGAUCACAGCCCCUGUGGCUCUUCGGGAGGGAGAGGAUCUGUCCAAAAAGAAUCCGAUUGCCAAGAUACAUUCUGAUGUUGCAGAAGAAAGAGGACUCAGAAUUACUUACAGAUAUACUGGAAAAGGGAUCACAGAGCCACCUUUUGGUAUAUUUGUCUUUAAUAAAGACACAGGAGAAUUGAACAUUACCAGCAUUCUUGAUAGAGAAGAAACACCAGCUUUUCUGCUAACUGGUUACGCUUUGGAUGAAAAAGGAAACAGCGUAGAGAAGCCAUUAGAGCUCCGCAUCAAAGUCCUGGAUAUCAAUGACCAUGAGCCAGUAUUCACACAGGACGUCUUUGUCGGGUCUAUUGAAGAGUUGAGCACAGAACAUACACUUGUGAUGAAAAUCAGUGCAACAGAUGCAGACGAGCCCAACACUCUGAAUUCUAAGAUUUCUUACAGACUCGUAUCUCAGGAGCCUGCUUAUCCACCAGUAUUCCACCUCAACAAAGAUACUGGAGAGAUUUUCACAACCAGUAUUACCUUGGACAGAGAGGAGCACAGCAGCUAUACUUUGACUGUAGAAGCAAGAGAUGGCAAUGGACAGAUAACAGAUAAGCCAGCGAGUCAAGCGCAAGUUCAGAUUCGCAUUUUGGACAUGAAUGACAACAUCCCUGUAGUGGAAAAUCAAAUGUAUGAAGGCAUGGUGGAAGAAAAUCAGGCCAAUGUAGAAGUUAUGCGCAUCAAAGUGUUCGAUGCUGAUGAAAUAGGCUCUGAUAACUGGUUAGCAAAUUUUACAUUUGCAUCAGGAAAUGAAAAGGGUUAUUUCCACAUAGAAACUGAUACUCAAACUAACGAAGGAAUCUUGACCCUUAUUAAGGAGGUGGAUUAUGAAGAAAUGAAGAGUCUUAACUUCAGCAUCAUUGUCACUAAUAAGGCAGCUUUUCACAAAUCUAUUAAGAAUAAAUAUAAACCUACGUCCAUUCCCUUCAAAGUGAAGGUGAAAAAUGUGAAAGAGGGCAUUCAUUUUAAGAGCAACACAAUCUCAUUUCACACCAGCGAGAGCAUGGACAAGUCAAGCCAGAGCCAAAUAAUUGGAAAAUUUCAAGCUUUUGACGAAGACACUGGACAGCCAGCCCGUGUAAAAUACACCAAAUUGGAAGAUAAAGAUAAUUGGGUCUCAGUGGACUCACUCACAUCUGAAAUUAGACUUAUAAAAAUUCCUGAUUUCGAAUCCAGAUAUGUCCAAAAUGGUACAUAUACUGUAAAGAUUUUGGCUAUGUCAGAAGAUUAUCCUAGAAAAACCAUCACGGGCACGGUCGUGAUCACAGUCCAAGACAUCAAUGACCAUUGCCCCACCCUGGUCAACCCAGUGCAGAACGUCUGUGAAGAUGCGCAGUAUGUAAACGUGACUGCAGAGGACCUGGAUGGGGGCCAGAACAGUGCGCCGUUCGGCUUCUCCCUUGUUGACAAACCAGCGGGGAUGGCCGAGAAAUGGAAAAUAGUGCACCAAGAAAGCACCAGUGUGCUCCUGAAGCCAGGAGAGCGACGGCUUGGGAGAAGUGAGAUCCAGUUCCUGAUUUCAGAUAGUCAGGGCUUCAGCUGCUCUGAGAAUCAGGUCCUUAAGCUCACUGUCUGCCAGUGUCUGGACGGCAGUGGCUGUGUGGAAGCUCUGCGUGACCCCUACAUCGGCCUGGGACCUGCAGCAAUUGCACUGAUAAUUUUUGCCCUUCUGCUCUUGCUCCUUAUACCCCUUGCUCUGCUCAUGUGCCACUGUGGAGAGAGCGCCAAAGGCUUUGCCCCCAUCCCUGGCACCAUAGAGAUGCUGCAUCCCUGGAACAAUGAAGGAGCACCUCCUGAGGACAAGGCGGUGCACUCGCUCCUGGUGGCAGGUCACACAGCCGGUGCUGCGAUGGGUGGCGGGGGCGCAGCGGCCGAGGCGACCAGCGUGCGGGGCAGCGGCUCCGCCUUGCUGACCGGAGCGCGGCUCGAGGUGUCACAGGUGGACGGCAGGUGGGAAGAGCGCACAAGCCUGCUUGCCGGUGGGGCCGCCUGGGCUGCGGGGUUGGCAGGAGCCGUGAGGGGCGCCGACGUCGGCGCGGCCGCGAGAGCCCCAACAGCGUCCAGAGGCAUGGCCGCAGCACUGAGCGAGGCAUUCCUGGGGAGCUACUUCCAGGAGAAAGCUGACUCUUACAUCGAGGAAGAUGACACGCACACAGCCAAAGACUGCCUUCUGGUUUACUCUCAGGAAGAAACCAAUUCUCUGCAUGGUUCCAUCGGCUGUUGCAGUUUUAUUGAAGCCGAGCCAGAUGUCCACUUCUUAGAUGAUUUGGGGUUCAAAUUUAAGACACUAGCUGAAGUUUGCUUGGGUCAAAAGAUAGAUAUGGAUGUGGAAAUUGAGCAGAGGCAAAGACCUGUGAGGGAAGGUGUGAAGGGAGCCUCACAUUCACUGUGGGAGCAAACGGAGGGAAGGUCACAGAAGACCUGCCCCUCUGGCAGUUUUCAGGUUUCAGAAGCUUUGCAUGAAGCAAACGCAGAGAGAGUUACUCAGGAAAUGGUUACUGAAAGGUCUGUAACUUCUAGGCAGAGUCAGAAGGCAGCCACACCGGCCUCUGGUCCCGUGCCCCCAAGCGCUGUGACCCCGGGCCCCAGUCAGCCGCAGGGCCUCGUUGUGACAGAGAGGGUGUACGCACCAGCUUCCGCCCUGCUAGACCAUCAUUACGCCAGUGAGGGCCGCGUCACGGUUACCGAGAGACUGAUACAGCCUGACGGGGGUGCACCUGGCCCUCUCCCAGAGGCCCACUAUGUCCUAGUGAGGGAAAGAGAGAGCUUCCUGGCCCCUGGCUCAGGCGUGCAGGCCUCGCUGGUCGUGCCCAGCACAGUAGGACAGAACAUGACAGUGACAGAAAGUGUGCUAACACCUGUUUCCUCUCUGCAGUCCGGCUACCAAAUUACCGCCGAAACCUCCAUGAUGGCCAGAAAAACCUUGGUUUCUGGAGCAGGAAUCCCUGACCCUCUGCCAAAUUUUGGGUUAGAGGAGUCUGGUCAUUCUAACUCUGCAGUAACCACAUCAUCGUCCACCAGGGUCACCAAGCUUAGCACAGUCCAGCAUUCUUACUCAUAACCAGCAGUCGGCCACACUCUGUCCCAUGCUUAACUAGCAGUGACCCGUUUCAUAUUUUCAGGAGACCUGUCUUUCCACAAGCCUUGCACAUGGGAGACACAUACACACUGGACUUAAGUCUCUCCCAGUCACUAGGAACACAUGGAUCUCACUGUCUCAGGCCCCAGGCCUCAGACACGCCUGGGACUUAGCAAGGCCUAAUGCUUCUGCGUCUAAGUGCCUUUCAGUGAGACAUGGCCAAACAAUAUUCACAAAGCAAGUUAAGUAGGCACUGGAUCUGACUUCUGAGAAUUUGCCACAUUAGCACAGAAUAUCCAGGUCAUCGGCUGUGCAGGAGGGCCUCCAGGAAGCUGCUUGGGCCUCUGCACACCGUGCUGAUGUUCAGC